UUACGGGAUUACUAAGCCUUUUGCGGAACCGUAAGAAAGAGAGUCUUCCGCAAGACAAGAAAAGAAGUGAUAUUGGCAUAGAUUUAAAAUGUCCACCUCUGAAUAUAAUAGUUUGCUCUUCGAAAUAAGUGAAAGGAUCGACGGACUUAAUGCACUCCAACGUCUUGUUUUUAUUUGCCGUGGGAAGCUAACCCAGUCUGGCAGUGGAAACGUACACGACGGACUGUCAUUGUUUAAAGAACUAGAAGAACAUGGUUAUCUAGGUGUGGAUCGCCUUAAACUCAUGAAAGAGCUGUUGAAAAGUGUUAAGGAAUGGUCUCUGUUUGGAAAAGUUAAAAAAUUCGAGAAUAAGCGUAAAGAAUACAAAGGCUUGCUUGAAAAGAUUAUCUGUGCACUCGACGAACUCAAUGAUAUGGAACGGCUGAUCACAUUAUGUAGAGGAAAUAUUCGUGAUGGCAACAUUGGUAACAUUGUUGAUGUUCGCUCCUUGUUCGAAGAGCUUGAAAAUCAGGAAACUCUGGGAAUCGACUGCCUCGAUGUCGUCAAGGUCAUUCUAGCAGAAACGGGAAAGACCGAUCUUUUCAAGGAAGUUAAAGAGUUUGAAGAACGAAGAGACCAGGAGGAUGGAUUCGAAGCAAAGAAAGCACAAGCAGCGGCUCUUGCAUCAUCCGUCAGAAAUUCACUCAUUGGAGUGGUAAAUAUGAAGACUGUAUUCAAGUUGUUUGCUGGUGGUUUAGUAAUCGUUUCCGCCUCGGAGGUCUUGAGUGGUUGGUCUUCAUAUGAGCAGCUUGUCGCUGCUGUACAGAACUGUGUGCUUCCAGCUGGUACAAACCUGGUUCAAAUCACAGACGGCUGUGUGUGCCUCACAGUUCAAGCUGAAAGUUUAUCAGCGCUUACAAACUUGUGGAAAUUAUACCAGGAUGGAACUCUUCAGAAACGCCUGUACGAUUUCUUUGUCACUGAUGAGAUGAGAAGACUGGCCGAGGGGGAGGAUGUGGAGGUGAAUGUCACCAUCGAAGAAGAAGAAUAUCAGAAAGCUUGUGUCGAGCUCAUACAAGGGGCCCAAGCUCAGGGUUUACAAGACAGUUGGGAAUUCAAACGAAAUUAA